ACCCGGCGCUACGUCACACCCGGAAGCGGCGGCGGGUCUGCGGGCUCAGGUUCAGCUGGUUGGCGUGCCUGCCUGGCUGGGCUCGGUCCGGUGCGGGAGUGCGGCAGAGCGUGGCGGAGCCAUGAGCGGGGAGCCCGCGGCCGACGUCGGAGAGUCCCCUCCCGGGGCUCCCCUGCCCGGCAGUGGGGUCCGCAUCGUGGUGGAGUACUGUGAACCCUGUGGAUUUGAGUCCACCUACCUGGAGCUGGCCAGCGCUGUGAAGGAAGAGUACCCUGGUAUCCAGAUUGAGUCACGCCUUGGGGGCACUGGAGCUUUUGAGAUUGAGAUCAAUGGGCAGUUGGUCUUUUCCAAGCUGGAGAACGGAGGAUUUCCCUAUGAAAAGGAUCUCAUUGAGGCUAUCCGAAGAGCCAGUAGUGGAGAACCUCUGCAAAAGAUCACCAAUAGCCGGCCCCCCUGUGUCAUCCUGUGACCCUGCAAGGUUUCUACUUCCCUCUUGGGCCAGGGCUUCUUCCCUAUACCCCUUUGUCCUGGGUGCCCCUCCCGUAUUGGGGUCCUCUCCAUUUUAGCAAAAUCCUUCCUCGUUGGAGAUUAGGAUGAGAGAGCCCGUCCCACUGACCAAGCAUCGGUUCAUCCCCAACAACACUCUUGGUCUUAUCACCUCUCUCCCCCCACCCCCUCUGCGCUGAG